CAUGAGCUCACACCUACAUCCCAUGCCGCCCUGUCCCUCUAAUCAUCAUCAAGCGCCUCCGCCUGAAACCCUUCAAACAAAACCGAAGGAGAAAUAGAUCAGAAGCACAAAAUUGAACUUGAAAACGAAGGUGCUUGGAUCGAUGAGUAGCAGCAGAGUGAAGAACUUCCGCCGCCGCUCCGAGGCGGAUGAUGCAAACGGCGAGGAGAAAUCCGCACCGAGUCCGGCCGCCACUAAGAGUCAAACCCUAAUUCAAACCAAAUCCAAGACCUCCAAACCGGAAGCCCCGAAGCGGCUUAGCUUCGCCGACGAUGAGGAGGAGGAGAACGACGAUCGCCCUGCCACCGUCCGUCGCCCCGCCCGGACCCCGGCCUCCUCCUCCGCCACUUUCCACAAGCAUACCUCCGCCAAGGACCGCUCGAAGGCCUCGCAUUUGGCUCCUCCCAUCCCUUCCAAUGUUCAACCGCAGGUCGGCGAGUAUACAAAGGAGCGGCUCCUUGAGCUCCAGAAGAACGCCAGGCCCCUGGGCAGCACGUCACGGCCACAGCGGCCGCAGGCAGCCGCAGAGCCCAAGUCGAAAAAACCUGAUCCCCCUGCUGAACCUGUUAUCGUUCUUAAAGGCCUCCUGAAACCAGCCUCGACCACUGUUGUGCCUGGGAGAGACAGCGAGAAGGAUGUUGUGCCGAAACGGCAGGAAGAGGAUGAGGAAGAAGAAGAGGAGGAAGAAGAUGAUCACAAUGGUGGUCCACUGACUGGGAUGAGGUUGCCGGUGAUACCUGAUCAGGCAACCAUAGAAGCUAUCAGGGCAAAGAGGCAGCAGCUUCAGCAACCACGUCAUGCUGCACCUGAUUACAUCUCUCUUGAUGGCGGGAUGCCAAGUAGCCACCCUUCUGCUGGCGCAUCAAGUGAUGAAGAAGACAAUGAUUUUCAAGAGAGGAUUGCUUUGUUUGGGGAUAAGGUGGAUGAUGGGUCGAAGAAGGGGGUUUUUGAGACUAUUGGGCAGAGGAUCAAUGCAGCAGAGGUGAGGCUUGUGGAUGGUGGACUCAGUAAAGUGCAUGACAAUGUGGAUGAUGAUGAAGAUGAGGAGGAGAGAAAAUGGGAGGAAGAGCAGUUCAGGAAGGGACUGGGAAGGAGAAUUGAUGAGGCUUCCACUCAGAGAGUCAAUUACAGCAUUCCAACCAUUCCUGCUAUCCAGCCACUGCCAACUGCCUACACUGGCGUCACCCAUCAGCCCUCAGUGAGCAGCAUGUCAACUUCAUUUGGUGUUUCACGUAGUGCAGAGGUUAUGUCAAUAUCUCAGCAGGCUGAGGUUGCAACACGAGCUCUGCAGGAGAGCAUCAGCAAACUUAAGGAAUCACACAGAAUGACGAUGAAUUCAUUGGUGAAAACAGAUACAAAUAUCACCGAAGCACUAUCUGAAAUUACCAAUCUUGAGAAGUCUUUGAAAGCUGCUGAUGAUAAGUAUGUAUUUAUGCAACAAUUCCGGGACUUUAUUUCGGUGAUGUGUGAUUUUUUGAAUGACAAGGCUUAUUUUAUUGAGGAACUGGAAGAGCAGAUGCAGAAGCUCCAUGAGAAGAGGGCAUUAGCUGUUGUUGAAAGAAGAGCUGCUGAUAUUUCUGAUGAUUCCAAUGAAGUGGAAGCUGCUGUGAAUGCAGCGAUUGCAGUUCUGAAUAAAGGCUCUGGAUCGGCUUACAUUGCUGCUGCUACAGCUGCAGCUCAGGCUGCCAAUGCUGCUGCUCAAGAAAGUGCAGAUUUACCUGUUGAACUGGAUGAGUUUGGCAGGGAUAUCAAUCUAAAAUUGCGCAUGGAUUUUGCACGGAGGGCAGAGUCCAGGAAAAGGAGGAAAGCUUGGGCUGAAUCCAAAAGAAUCACAUAUAUUGGUAAGGAUAAUGUUUCCCAGCAGAUUGAAGGAGAAUUAAGCACCGAUGAGAGUGAUUCUGAAAGCGAUGCAUAUAUUUCUAGCAGAAAUGAGUUGCUCCAAACUGCUGAAGAAAUUUUCAGUGAUGCAUCGGAAGAGUAUUCUAACCUUACGACUGUGAAGGAAAGGUUCGAAAGAUGGAAGAGCCAUUACCUUUCUAGUUAUCGAGAUGCUUAUGUCUCCCUAAGCAUACCCUCUUUGUUCUCUCCGUAUGUGAGAUUGGAGCUUUUGAAGUGGGAUCCUCUUUAUGAUGCAACAGACUUUUUUGACAUGGAGUGGCACAGACUUCUUUUUGAUUAUGGAUUGCCAGGAAAAGGUCAAGAUUUUGAACCUAAUGAUGCAGAUGCUAAUCUUAUUCCAGAAAUAGUUGAAAAGGUAGCGCUUCCUAUCUUGCAUCAUGAAAUUGCACACUGUUGGGACAUAUUGAGUACCCAAAGGACGAAAAAUGCAGUCUUUGCAACAAAUAUGGUCAUCAGCUAUGUUCCAGCUUCAAGCAAGCCUUUGCGUGAAUUGUUGACUGUUGUCCACAAUCACUUGAAUGAGGCCAUCAGUAGCCUUAAUUUGCCAGUUUGGAGUAGUGUUGUGACAAAGGUUGUGCCAGGCGCUGCACAAAUUGUGGCAUAUAGGUUUGGUACAUCUGUUCGGCUUCUUAGAAAUAUUUGCCUGUGGAAAAAUAUUCUUUCCAUGCCAGUUUUAGAGAAUCUUGCCCUUGAAGAGCUUUUGGGAGGGAAGCUCCUGCCUCAUGUCAAAAGCAUCAUGCCCAAUAUUCAUGAUGCCAUCAUGAGGACAGAGAGAAUCGUAGCAUCACUUGUAGGGGUUUGGUCUGGUUCUGAGGUCACUUCACGACCCAGUCAGAAGCUGCAGCCCUUGGUUGAUUGCAUUGCAGAGUUAGGGGGCAAGUUGGAGAAAAGGCAUGCAUCUGGUGUGAGCGAGGAAGAGACUUGUGGGCUUGCUCGCCGUUUGAAAAAUAUGUUAGUGUCCUUGAAUGAGUAUGACAAAGCUAGAGCAAUUCUGAGAAUCUUUCAGCUCAAAGAAGCACUCUGAGAUUGUGGACGUUCUUGUACCUGUGUGUAACUAGCUUUUCUCUUUCUAUAGCAUUAUCUCCUGGUUGAAUGUCUUUCAGCUUUGUACUUUAGAAAGAGAGAGGACACUAAUUGUUCUGAAGGCAUCACUAGCUUCCAGUUUUGCAUUGGAUUACACAGUUUUUAUUCUCCAUUUGUUUUGCACUUCAUGGUGGCUUUUGCAAGAAAUGCCCUCUUAUCCAUUGUACUGAAUGUAUUGGAAAGCUUUUUGCAA